GGGACUAGAGCCAGAGGGCGCUGAAGAGUACUCAUCUAAAUGGGCUAAGGACACCCAGUGACAGCUGCAUCUGAAAAGUGCAAGGUUCACUAGAGCAUUUUCCCAGGACGAGUAAUGGCACCAGAAGAUGCCAUAGUGCAUUUACACAGAACCAUCCAGUUGGAAGAGCAGUAGUAACGUUAAACAUCCACGUCCGCUACCUCAUGGAAUACAGUACGCAAGGAGAGUAAAUGACGUCCUCGUGCCAACUGUCAGAUGUCUCUGACUCUGAUAUUAAAAGUCAAGCAGUCUACUCAUUCUAGUCGAAUUGGAGAGGGAUGAACAGCCAGGCUGGAAAGGACAGGUCAUGACUUCUCGGAAGCUCUGAGGAGCAGCCCUGAUCUACCACAAUAUAAAAGGUGUAAUCACAAGCCUUGACCAAGUCCUGAAUCCUUCAACUACUUAAUACUCUGGACUAAGCACCUAAACCACCUCACUCCACAAAGUAUCCCGGAAAACAUCCAUUCCUACACUAUCAGCCUGCCUGGAUGCCCGAAACCCCUUGUCUGUCUUUGUGUCUAUAUGAGCCAGUUGUUGGUGGGACAGAAGAUCAUGACUGAGACCCUUCGGCUCCCCUCCUUCCAGGUACAAGCCCCAGGGGACUGGGAGCCCCAGAAUGGCGACCCAGGAUCGGGUGGACCCGCCGGGAUGGAGAAAUUGGAGUUGCGCUCCGGGGCCGGUGACCCGUCAGCCCUCUCCAGUUCUGCCACUCCGUCCCUCCGCCGCAAGCGCUUCAAGAUGCGUCGCAUGAAGAAUGUGCAAAGCGAGAGCGGCAUGACCCCUGCCGAGUCUGUGCCGGCUGCGGCGGCGAGGUCAGAGGUCAUGAGUAAAGGCCAGGGGUCGCACUCUUUCUCAGGGGCCAUGGAAUACCUGCAGCUUCCAUCCAUUGAGAUCACCCCGUCCAGUGACGAGGACACUGCAGCCAACUGGUCCAGCUGCUCCACUCCCAGUGCUUCGCCGCGGCGUAAGCGCUUCCUGCUGCGCCGCUGGCUAAAUGUGCGUGAGAAGAAGGAGCCCAGCAGUGAUAGCAGGGAGAACAGCCUGCACAGCAGCCAUGAGGAGGACCCUGCUCGUUUCCUGACGCCACACAGCCGGGAGGAGAGCACUGCCAGCAAUUCCAACCGGAGCACACCUGCUUGCUCGCCUGUCUUGCGCCAUCGCUCUCGCUCUCCCACGCCCCAGCAGAGCUUGGAGCCCAGCGGUGAGAACAUGGUGGAGAAGGGUCACUUGGACCCACCCUCGGACAAGGACAAGUCCCCCUCCACCCCGGAGCAGGUGGUACAGCGCACCUACAGCCAGUCGGUACACUCUGCCACACGCAGCCACGGGGGCAAGAACUCCAAGUCUCACAAGCGACUUUCCAAACAUUGCUGUGGUACCAGGACAGACCCCGAGCAUGAAUAUUUGAAGUAUGACAGACUAAAAUUGAUAAAAAAAAGCCAGAGCUGGUACAACGUAUUGAGUCCCACUUAUAAGCAACGCAAUGAGGACUUCAGGAAACUCUUCAAGCAGCUACCUGACUCAGAACGCCUAAUCGUGGACUACUCCUGUGCUCUGCAGAGAGAUAUCCUGCUGCAGGGGCGUCUUUAUGUCUCAGAAAACUGGAUCUGUUUCUAUAGCAACAUCUUUCGCUGGGAAACGCUGCUGACGGUUCGUCUAAAGGACAUCUGCAGCAUGACCAAGGAGAAGACGGCCCGACUCAUUCCCAAUGCCAUCCAGCUGUGCACUGACAAUGACAAGCACUUUUUCACCUCGUUCGGAGCAAGGGAUCGGACGUACAUGAUGAUGUUCAGGCUAUGGCAGAAUGCUCUGCUAGAGAAGCCCUUGUGUCCCAAAGAGUUGUGGCAUUUUGUCCAUCAGUGUUAUGGUAACGAGCUGGGUCUGACCAGUGAUGAUGAGGACUAUGUGCCACCAGAUGAUGACUUCAACACCAUGGGGUACUGCGAGGAGCUGCCCGUGGAGGAGAACGACGCCAACGACGCCGCCACCCUUGCCAAGAGUCCCGACGCCAAAGGCGACACCAGCCCCCUGUUGUCCCCCAGAGCCUUCCCCAACAACGCCCUCCCGUGCCCGGGCGCCUUGGACCCGCUCCUCCCUUUUGACCUGGCCAACGUGGACGAGUUCUCUGUGUGUCUCCCCGAUGGUGAAGUCCUGUCCCUCCCGUUGCCUCGGCUGGACAACCAGAGCAGCGGUCACAGCAGCCCUGCCGCCUCGCCCUCGCUGGACUUCAACGACAACGAGGACCUCCCCACCGAGCUCAGCGACUCCUCCGGGACGCACGACGAAGGGGAGGUGCAGGCUUUCCAUGAGGACCUGAAUGGGAGGCAGUACAUAAAUGAGGUGUACCAGUUCAGCGUCGACAAGUUGUACGACAUCCUGUUCACUGAAUCCACGUUCAUGAGGGACUUCCUGGAACAGAGACGGUUCUCAGACGUGGUCUAUCACCCCUGGAAGAAAGACAAAGAGGAGACCGGCAACCAGACCAGAGAGAUCAUGUACACCAUCUCCCUCACCAACCCCCUGGCCCCCAAGACGGCCACCGUCACUGAAACUCAGACACUGUACAAGGCGAGCCAAGAGAGCGAGUGCUACAUCAUAGAUGCCGAAGUCAUAGCACACGAUGUCCCCUAUCAUGACUACUUCUACACCCUAAACCGCUACAUGCUCACCAGAGUGGCCAAGAAUAAGUGUCGGCUAAGGGUGUCCACAGAGUUGCGCUACAAGAAACAGCCCUGGGGGCUGGUCAAGGGUUUCAUUGAGAGAAACUUCUGGAGUGGCCUGGACGAGUACUUCAGGCACUUAGAGCUGGAGCUGAGUAAAGUGGAAGCAGUCCUAGCCGAGUCCCACAGACAGUCCCCCAAGGCCAGGGCUCUCCGGGCAGGAGCGCUAAGGCGGCGGAAACGGCCUCUGGUCCACCUGCGUCCCCCACACCUGGACGAAGCCCUCAGUCCUGUCACCACACCCGAGGAUGAGGAAGAGGUCACCCACUGCCAUCGCAUCAAACAUGUGGCAGGUUCCACUCAGACCAGGCACAUCCCAGACCAUGUCCCAGGGGGUUUAGCACUCUACAGUGUCUCCAAGCUACUCCUUAUCAUCAGCUUUGUGAUCUGUAUAAGCCUAGUAUUGCUGGUGUUCCUGAACAUGAUGCUCUUCUAUAAGCUGUGGAUGUUGGAAUACACCACACAGAGUCUCACAUCAUGGCACGGCUUGCGACCACAGGAAAGUAAACUUCCGCAGACACAGUUGGAGUGGGCCCAGCUCCUGGAGUCACAGCAGCGCUACCAUGAUGACGAGCUGCAGAAGUGGAAGGAGAUCAUUAAGUCGUCUGUGAUGUUGCUGGACGAGAUGAAGGACUCAUUACUGAAGCUGCAAAAGGGCAUUGGCUUAAGAGACUAUAACCCUGAAUCGGAGGAGAAGAGGAGUCGAUAUCACUGACAAAUGGACAAAGCCACCUGCCUGGACAUUAUGUGCAAUAUCCAACCUACUAUUUAAGGAAAACCUUUUGAGAAAACAAGAGAGAUGUUCUCUUGCAAGUUGGACAGGGAUGAUGACUGCAAGUCUCCCAGACCAACUGACCACACCCCCACUAUUCAACCUCUUUCAGGAAGUAACACCAGGGCUGGAGUGGGGAGGCUGCUGUCCACAUCACGGGGAAAGACAGCUGCGCCUUGACCCACAUUUAACCUUUCUAUCACCUCAUUGUCAGAGAAUGUCCUACUGUAAAGCAUUUAUGAAAUUUUUUGUUCAUUCUCUGGGCCAUGUGUGGACAAAGCAAAGAUAGUAGGGCAGAUGUGGGGGUUGGUAGAAGCAUGCAAUUUCUUUUCUCCGUCUGAAAAUAACAUGCUGUUUCUGGUGGAGGUGUAUUGAAACCUCUGUGUAGUCUUUCUCGGAAGAGCAAAGAAGUCAGACUGGGUAUGGAGUCAGUCCGUAGCCUUUUAAGGACAUUUUGGACAAAGUUAUGGAGCUGCAGUAUCCCUCUCUUUUCUUUUUCUUUUUUUAAGCUCUUUGGACUCUGGGACCAGGUUACAAUCGUAACGGAACCACAAUCAGUGUGCAGUGUUUCAACACAUCCCAUCAUUUCUAGGAUAGAACUACGAAGAAUCAAUGUGUAUUAUAAAUAUACUUAUAUAUACUGUAUGUAUGUAUGUAUGUAUAUAUAUAUAUACACAUAUAUGUAUAUAUAUGUAUAUAUAUAUAUAUAUGAAUCUAUUAUAAUGACCUGUGUAUUUUUUUGUAGAAGUAUUGCAGUCAGGGCAGAUUUUUACCAGGCUUCCAUGGUGUAUCAGGGCAGGUUUCCCUGAGAGCUUGUGCCAUGGUGUUGUGUUUCUAUGUUUGUGUUUGUGUGUUCAUGUUUUCUAAGGCAUGUUCUACUAUUUGUAGAGUUGCCCCCCCCUCCCCCCCUUGAUUUCAUUUGUGGACAGGGGAGCUAGCUAUAGCUGUUAGCAGCACUGAGAAUGUAUUGGAUUACUGGUUACGUUUCUAGCUUGUAAGAAUGACGAAGUGGUCUGCCUUUGCAGAGGUACACAGUAUGUUCCGAUAACGCAACAUUCUUCCGGAAAUAGGUCAGUUUUGGCCCUAACCAAUACUUAACCAUGCUGCAGUGGUUUAAGUGGCGCAGAAGGUUUUUCCGUACCCUGUGGUAACUAUUCAGAUAUGCUCAGUCCCAUCUAGUGAUUGCCAAGCAUAUGUAGCAAAAAACUACAGAUUUCUCACACUAAUCUUACUUUAGAUUAAAAAAAUCAGCAAAAACAGCACCCACUAGUGGUCCCGCCGGCGGGUUUUAUUAUAAAUAUGUAAUAACUAUGUUUGACUCUGAAGACAGAUUGGUGUACAAUGUCUGCUAAAUGUUUGGCUGCAUGUUGACAAGAUGUUGUGCAAUCCUUGAGAGGAUUAUUGUCCCACAGAGCAUUUCUGAAUAGGCUCACCAGUAUACCAAUAAACACUGUGUUAUUUAAUCCACUGCAGUAACAUGUUAAAUGCCAUCUCAACAUUGUGCUUAGGUUUUAUCCAAACACCUCUUAAACCUUGUCAUUUAGGAAGAUUUGAUUAAUGGAAACAUCUAUUCAUUGUUGCCAAUAUUUAUGUGUCAACUUUUUUGAGCCGUAUUCUUGGCGUCUUUUAUUUGGCCACUUUGUGUUGUAUCAAUUCAUCUGUGGCUGCCCUGUAUUGGCUAGAAUAGAAUGUACUCAGAGUACUGUCUAGGCUUUGGUAUUGGGCCUUUGUGAUAUUACACAUGCAAUGGAGCUUGAAUGUGUCCCUACCUGCGCUUCAAAAAUCAUUCAGGUUUUUCCCCAGUAUUUGUUAUCAGCCCAAAUACUGUGUCCGAAAGAGAGAGAGAGAGAGUGUGAGAGCAUACUGAUCAAUGUUAAGAAAAUGUGGAUGUGAUAUGUCCUUCUAUGAACUUCAGUGUGCUCAGUUUUUGAACGGAGAGGCUGUGGAUAGUAUUUUCGGCAGGGUAUUUUUCAGAGUGAGAUGGGAUUUUAUAAAGGGAUACUGCAGCUGUACCGAAGAACGGCGAUUACUACAAUGUAUUUGAUGAUUAAAACUGUGAAUUCCUCAUUGAAAAAUAUGCUUGAAGCUGAAAAAAAUAAGAAAAAUGAAAAUUGUGCAUUAUUCAGAGGCAGAUAUUUAUGAUUUAUUUGUGUACAGUGUAUGCGGAACAGGUAUUGCAAAAUAGCAGCCUUUUAGGCACUUUGGGUAGGCCAAAACAUACACUGAAUUAUUUGGAAGAUUUCAAACAGUUAAUGUUUGGUCCGACCUCCUGUACUCCUCUGUGUCUUCCCAAAGAUGUCUGCCAUGGGCUGUGUCCUGGCGUUUUGGAUGUGUCAAGCUGGUAUGGUCUACCAUUUCCACUUGGUUUCUGUCUGUCCAUUUCAAAUGCUGGAGAAUAUCUAUUAUAGCCAAACCAAUAUUUUAGUGUCUCUCCCAUCUUAUGGAAGUUUAUAUCGGUCAUGAUACAUUUCCAUUUUAAGAUUAAUUUUAAACCUGAUAAGUCCUUAUUCGUCUGUCCCCUAUGCAUUUAUCCUUGACAGGACUCAAGGAAUUUUAGAGCCUUUGGAAACAACAGAAAACAAAACAAAGCUAAGCUUGAUUCAUCCAAUAACUGUGCUGUUUGAUGGAUGGGAAUGAGGACAUACAGUAUUCAGUGCAGAGUUAUAAUAACAUCAGAGUUUAGAAAUGUUACCCAAUGGGAUACAGUGCUUCACUAACAAGCAAACAAGCCUAUAUGGGGAAGGACCUACUAGAAUUUUCCCAAUAAUAAACACUAGUAAAAAUAAAAUUGCUGUGCUGUGCCCUAAUGAAUAUGAACUUGGACUCACAAGAGGGUUUGUUUGGUACAUAAAUGUGUGUGGAAUGAAUUGAUACAGUGUAGUACUUCACAGAAAUUAGGAAUAUGAUUUAAAUUAUAUCUGAAUGAUUUUCCCAGACUUUGAUUUGCUUUGAUAAGUAGUUAAUAGUUCAUGUGAAUUUGUUCAGCCCAGCAAAAAAAUGUGACAAUGAAAUGAUUUAGGGCAAAUGUAUUAUUCCGAUAAAGGUUCCAGGAAGAGAUUAUACUGUUGUGCUGAAAUGUUUGCAUACCCUUGGAGAAUUGGUAAUAUGUGCCAUUUUUAAAGAAAACAUGGGUGAGCAGGCAAAACUUUAUAUUUCUUUCUUAUGGGAUCCAUAUUCAACUGUAGGUAAUAACAGAAUGGCACAAUCAUAAAACAAAACAUGGCAACAAAGAAAAAAAUGAACUGACCCCUGUUUAAAAGU